CCCGUCGCGAGCCCCCGUGCGUGGCCACUCUCCCAUAGCCUUCAGCUUGUCGCUCCAGAUCAGCGGUCGGGAGCCAAUGUGAGGCGUGCUCACUCUCGCGCUCCUGCCAGCGGCGGUCCAGUGCGGAGCGAAAGCGGGGGCAGCGCGACUCAGCAGCGGGAGUCCAGGCAGUUUGCAGCAGUCGCUUCCAGGAGGACGGACGCAGAUAUGUGUAGCUGCUGCGUGUAUUGACCUUCAGCACCGGGAGUUUGCCCUACUUUAGAGAGGAGUAGAGCGAGGGCGGCUCAAAUCUACGUGAACUUCACCAUGCUUUGGAAGCACUGAAAAUACCAGGACGCUUUCUUCAGAAGCGUUGAUUCUUUAUGCACGGUUUUGCUCAAGCGAUCUUCACGCAGUCAACGGUCCAAUUCUCACUAUGGACUAACUAUUAAAGGGAUGAAGAAACUGUUCUACUGAUGAAACAAAGUCAUUUACAUCUUGGAUGCCCUGGGGGGGUGUGUGUGAGCGGAGGUGGACGCUGCUGUGGGAUGUGUAAAGUCUCCAUCCAUCAAGGAUCUCUGCAGCUUUUUAGGAGCUGCUGUUUGGACUAUUGUGCAAGAGUGUGUGUCCUGGGCGUAUGUUCGCCAUGGCUCUAGUUCAGGCACUGCCUGUGCCCACUGAUCAGCCCAGCGCUGACAUCCAGCAGUGCCGCUCAGUGUCUCACUCCCCCACCAUAGCUGCGGCAGGCACCAUGGGCUCCGUCAGCAGCCUUAUCUCUGGACGUACCUACCAGGAGCGUCACUGCCAAGCUGCCAGUAACUUUGGCGCCAAGUAUCGCAAACCCACACCAGCUACAAGCUGUUUCCGACAGCAAGAGGGCACGCUGCGCAGCGCUAGCUCACAGGAGCAGCUUCUCACCAGGCAGCCUCCUCUACCUGCUAAGAACAAGUCCUCUGCCCUCAUCUCUGCUGGCAAUGGCAACUAUGGCUAUUUGAGUGAUGAGCCAGUGGGCGACUGGAACGAUAAUCACGUGACCACGUACAGCCCAUCCAGUGAUACCGAAGAGUCUCCUGAUAACAGAGGCAUGAAUGGUAACAUUGGUGGCCCUCCUCCCAAACUCAUCCCAGUGUCAGGGAAGCUGGAAAAGAGUAUGGAGAAGAUACUGAUCCGUCCCACUGCCUUUAAGCCUGUUGUGCCCAAGAAUCGCAACUCUGUGCAGUACCUGUCUCCACGGUCAGGGGGCAGUCUGACUGAAAGCCAGGGCAGCCUCAGCCUCUUACUUCCUGGCACUGGAGCAGGGUCGGGUUGUCAGGAGAAGCGUAACUCUUACAGUGGGGGCCGCAAUGCACGGAGUAGCCAAUCCUGCACUAUGUCGGACUCAGGCCGCAACUCACUCUCCAGCCUACCAACCUACAGCAGCACAGGGUACAGCCUGGCACAGAGCGAGGUUCCCACCGGGCACAUGGAAACUACACACUCCAGAGGUGGCCACGGACACACUAACUCCGACAGUGGUCGGUCAUCAUCCAGUAAGAGCACAGGGUCUUUAAGUGGCCGUGGGCAGCCCCUCUCAGACAGUGGAUCGUGUGGCCGCUCCCCGGCUCCAGGAGAAGGGUAUGAGGGCGUCAUUCGAGAACUUGAGGAGAAGCUGAGGGAAAGAGACCUGGAGCUGCAGCAACUCAGGGACAACCUGGAUGAGAACGAGGCAGCCAUCUGUCAGGUGUAUGAGGAGAAACAGAAGCGGUGUGAGCAAGAGUUGGAGGACCUUCGGCAGAGCUGCGCAUCGAAAAUGAAGCAGGUGCAGCUGAAGGCACAACGGGCACAACAGGUCCUGCAGUUGCAGGUGUUUCAGCUGCAGCAAGAGAAGAAGAAAUUGCAGGAGGACUUCUCCCAACUGCUGCAGGAACGGGAGGCAUUGGAGAAGAGAUGUGCCUCUUUUGAGAAGGAGCAGACUCAACUAGGUCCUCGUCUAGAAGAGACAAAGUGGGAGGUCUGUCAGAAGUCCGGUGAGAUCUCUCUGCUGAAGCAGCAGCUGAAGGAUGUACAGGCUGAUCUUGGUCAGAAGGCCAGCGAGAUUAUUGCUUUGAAGGCCCAGUUGAGAGAGGUUUGUUCUGAGCUUCAAGCUAGCCAGGCUCGCUCGCAGGAAGCCCACGCCACAGCCCGCACCCGUACACUUGAACUUGAGGUUUGCGAGAAUGAGCUGCAGCGUCGUAAAAGCGAAGCGGAGCUCUUGCGGGAGAAGAUGGGCCAUUUGGAGGAAGAGUCCAUGCGUCUUAAAGAGGCCUUGGCAGUGCCCCCGUUCCAAACUCUACCUUCUAAGGGCCAAUGCAUGAGCUUGCCCCUGCCCCAAAGCCGUGGGGGAAUCACUCACGGGAUCAGUCCUGCUUUCCGGGACAACAGCAGUGAAGAGCAGUUUCUAGCAUAUGAAAGCGAUGAAGCGAAGGUGCAGCGUCAGAGUGUGGAUAUGCUUCAUGGUCUCCGUCAGCAGGUGGACCGAAUGCGGGCUGAGCUGAUGUAUGAGAGGAGGCGGAGUGAGGACCAGCUGGAAGCCUUUGACGAUGAACGCAGGGUAUGGCAGGAGGAGAAAGACAAGGUGAUUCGUUACCAGAAGCAGCUGCAGCAGAACUACAUCCAGAUGUACCGCAGAAACAGAGACCUAGAACGUGUGAUGAGGGAACUUAGUCUUGAGCUGGAGAACAGGGACAUGGAGGAGUUUGACAUGCGUAGCAAUGAGAUCCAUUUCGAGGAGAUCACUGCCACUGAAAUCUAACCCACAUCUCACUCUGCCAUCCCAAAAUGAAUUUCCACUGUGCUUGUGUGAGGAGCACUGGCCUUUACUACAGUGUUACUUAGCAUGCUUCUCCACACUAUUUCAGAAAGACUUAUGUUCAUGGCAAGUUGUUGUGAUGUCCGAAGAGGCCAGUAAAACAUGUAACACUUGUAUUUAGACAUCUUCAUCACUUCCUGCCUCGGAAACCUGUGAGAUGAAUGUACUAUGACUGUGAACAGCAGUUAAUUGAUGCCACUGGUGAAGGGAAGGUGUCCUCAAAGGUGGUGCUUUGAUCCUGGCAAACCCCUAUAGUAAAACUAGGGCUAUAAUUUAGCUUAAUUCUGAAAAAAUAAAACAAAAUGCAAAAAAUAUCACAUUUAAUCCCCCGUUGAUCUCAAACGUGAAUUCUUUAAGAAAUGUUUCAAACAGGUACGGUGACCAAAUGUGCAAUUUUCCCAGGACAUGUCCUGGCCAGGAUUUCUAUAAUGCCUAAAAUAUCCAUGUUUUGGCUUUAUUUGUGCUGCGCAGGUCAACUGUUGUAUGACAAAGUACCGUGAGAGCUGUAGAGAGCAGACGGCUUCUUUUGCUUUUGAAUCGCUCUCACGGUACUUUGAUGUCAUACACCAGUCGGUAUGCUCAGUGCUGCUUCAAGUCGA